AUGUCCUCUGACAAUUCCGUUGCAGGAUUUAUUUCAAGAAAUAAGACUGCUAUUAUCACUACUGCAGCAGCUGGUACAGCUGCCGUAGGUGCAUACUUGUACUAUCGCCAAUUGCAAGAUGCUGCAGGUUCAGAUGACAAGAAAGGUGAAAGUCCAGAUGGAACUGCUGCAUCAAAGAAGAAGAGAAAGAAUAAGAAGAAGAAGCAAGGUUCUUCACCAUCUCCAUCAGCGGCCGUGUCUUAUCCAGUUGAUGAAAAGGGAGAGCCAAAGUUGGACAAUGUAGCUGAAAUGUCCGAGGAACAAAAGGAAUCCUGGUCAACAGCAUUGAAGGACAAAGGUAACGAAUUUUUCAAGCAAAAGGACUAUGACAAUGCUUUAAAAUACUAUGACUACGCUCUGACUUUGAAGAAAGACCCGGUGUUCUACUCCAAUAUCUCUGCCUGCUAUGUAUCAAUGAAUCAAUUGGAUAAAGUUGUGGAGAACAGUACCAAGGCUCUAGAAUUAAAACCUGAUUAUUCAAAGGCUCUUUUGCGUAGGGCUUCCGCUAAUGAAAGUUUAGAAAACUACCCUGAUGCUAUGUUUGACCUUUCCGUGCUAUCGUUGAACGGUGACUUUGGUGGUUCUUCAAUUGAACCAAUGUUGGAAAGAAAUUUGAAUAAGCAAGCAAUGACUGUUCUGAAGGAUAAGUUAGGUCAACAAAAGAAUCAAUUGUUACCAUCCGAUACCGCUUUGGCUUCCUUCUUCGGUAUCUUUACCCCAGAGACUGAAUUCGCCAACUAUGAUGAAACCUCCGAAGCUGAUCAAAAAUUAAAGGCUGGUUUGGAAAACCUUUACAAGAGAUCUUCUGAAGGUUACCAAAAAGCAGAUGAAUUCUUUAGCCAAGCUGUGGAUGCUUAUGCCAAACUACGCGAAGGUAAUUCUGAUGAUGCUGCAUUAAAAGAGAAGGAUGCCAUUGCAUUGGAACACAGAGGUAUCUUUAGAUUCUUGAAGAACGAUCCAUUGGGUGCUCAUGAAGAUGUUCAAAAGGCUAUCGAUUUACAUCCAAGGGUUAACUCUUACAUCUACAUGGCAUUGAUUAUGGCUGACAAGGGUAAAGCUGAAGAAUACUACGAAUUCUUCGAUAAGGCAAUUAAAUUGGAUCCUAAAAACGCAGCUGUUUACUACCACCGUGGUCAAAUGUAUUUCAUUACUGCUCAAUACGAAAAGGCUGGUCAAGAUUUUGAUAAGGCAAAACAAUUGAAUGAAGAGAACAUUUUCCCAUACAUUCAACUAGCAUGUUUGGCUUACCGUGAAAACAAAUUCGAUGAUUGUGAAACUUUGUUCAGUGAAGCCAAGAGAAAGUUCGCUACUGCACCUGAAGUACCCAACUUUUUUGCCGAAAUUUUGGCAGACAAAGGUGAUUUAGAGAAGGCCCUCAAGCAAUAUGAUAUUGCAAAGAGAUUAGAAGAAGCUGUUGAUGGUAUUCACGUUGGUAUCUCACCAUUGGUGGGUAAAGCUACCCUAUUGGCAAGACAACCAAGUGUGGAAAACUUUAUUGAAGCAACUAAGCUUUUGGAAGAAGCUUGUGCUAAAGACCCUAGAUCCGAGCAAGGUAAGGUCGGUUUGGCUCAAUUGAAAUUACAACAAGAAGAUAUUGAUGACGCUAUUAAAUUGUUCGAAGAAGCUGCAAGCCUUGCCAGAACCGUUGAUGAAAAAUUACAAGCUACCACUUUUGCUGAAGCUGCCAAGGUUCAAAAGAGAAUCAGAGCUGACCCAUUGGUUAGUGCUAAGAUUGAAGAGACAUUGGCUGCUUACAAGGCUCAAGGUGUGAUUUAA